AUGAACAAUUAUGAAACAAAACAGGAAGAUGAAUAUGCAUAUGUUCAAUAUAAAUUACCCGAUGAAGAGUUAUUUAUUGUUGGAUAUUUACCGUUAAUCAAUAUGAAUUCAGCUCAUCAUAUGCUUUCAUAUGCUUGUUCACAACCAAGUACUGAUAAGCCAUUCUGGACUGGAAUGGGACCAUGCAAUGGUAUACAAACGAUUAUUCAUGGAUGGGCUCGAAAUGCACCCGCAUUGACACUACCUAAAGAUGUUGGUAUUGCUGUUGGCCGUAAUACUCCAUACAAAUAUAUUGUUCUUAAUAUUCAUUAUCUAGGAAUUUUGAAAAAUGAUAAUUCUGGAAAUCAAUUAAUCAUGUCUCGAAAGCCACGUAAAUAUCAUGCAGGUGUCUUGUUAAGUGGUACUAAUGAUAUCUAUCUGAAACCAAAAACACAUACUAUACGAACUCCUUUUUCAUGUCAAUACAACGGACCACCGAUUUCUAUCUUUGCUAUUCGUGUUCAUGCCCAUCAGUGGGCGCGAGUUAAUUCGUUGUAUCGAGUACGUGACGGAGAAAUUUCACAAAUUGUUAAAGGCGAUCCACAAUGGCCUCAAUCAUUCUAUCCACUUCCAUCAGCUGUUGAAAUUCAGAAAAAUGAUUAUAUUGUUGGUCAAUGUGUCUAUGAUAAUAAUGAUAAUCAAGUCGUUACUGUCGGUCUUAUUCCUCCAGACGGUGACAUUCCACCACUUAAACCAGCUGAUAUUAGUGGAACACCUGAUGGGCAUCAUGCUCAUGCUGAACAUGCAAUGAAUUCAUUCACGGCAAAUGACGAUCGAUUCUAUGAAGACUAUCGAGAUGAACUCGAAAAUAUGCGUCAUCGUGAUAGAGGAACAUAUAAUUUUGAUGUAAAUAAAAUCUUAUCACAUCUUGGUUUACCAGAAUAUGAAUAUGUUGAUGCACAGAAUUACGAUUAUUUAUUACCAAGUCAUUUAACAUAUGGAAAAGGACAAACAGUAAAGUUGCAUAAUGCAAAAGCGAUGAGAUCUAAUUUAUAUAAAAAUGUCGAAAAUUGGCCUGAUGUUAAAUCAUUGCCAGCUCAACUUGGUGAAAUAGGUGGCAUUGGAUUAAAUAAUGCAAAUAAUGAACUUAUUGUAUUUCAUCGGGGAUCUCGAAAAUGGGAAUAUAAAUAUUUUGAUGAAACCCGUUUUCGUAAUGAAAAGUAUGGUCCAAUUGAAGAUGAUGUUCUUAUUCAUGUUGAUACACGUACAGGACAAACAAAAUUUCGAUGGGGUGCUAAAAAAUUUUAUAUGCCACAUGGAUUAACAAUAGAUCAUGAAGGAAAUUUUUGGUUAACUGAUAUUGCUAUGCAUCAAGUUUUUAUGUUUAAACCAAAUGAUUUAAAUCAUCCAGCAUUAGUUGUAGGAGAAAUGUUUAAACCUGGCGCAGGACCCAGUCAACUUUGUCGACCAGCUGAUGUUGCUGUUAUGAAAAAUGGAGAUUUUUUUGUUGCUGAUGGCUAUUGCAAUAGUCGUAUUAUUAAAUUUAAUCGUAAGGGAGAAUAUAUCACCGAAUGGGGUUCACCAAUGACAGGAAAGCAUGAUAGUGAUGGCUUUCCAUUACCUAAUGAAUGGAAUAUUGUUCAUUCAAUAGCAUUGAAUGAAGAUGCACAAUUAUUGUGUGGUGCUGAUCGAGAAAAUUUUCGCAUCCAAUGCUUUAAUUCAAAUACAGGAGAAUUUCAACGACAAAUACGUGUUGAGAAAAAAGAAACAAUUGGUGCAAUUUAUGCUAUUGAAUUUGCACCAAAUACUAAUGGAACAAUUUUAUUUGCUGUUACCGGUGGAGCACAAACAUCAAACAAAAAAGUUUAUAUGAUUGAUGCACAAAAUGGAGACAUAUUAACAUCAUUUGAUUCAAAUCCACAUUUAAAUGCUCCACAUGAUAUCACUGUAUCAACAAAUGCUCGUGAAAUAUAUGUUGGUGAAUUAGCAUCAUCACCUAGUAAUGCUUUACAUAAAUUUGAAUUAUCUCAGAAAAAAGAUCUUCCGACACAAAUAUUCAGUAAACGAAUCUAUUUCAGUGAUAAAAACUUCCGUAUUUCCUUAAUUAUAAUGGCUGCCUUUGCCAUUCCUGUUCUUGUUUCUGUGAUUAUUGGAUGUAUUAUUCGAAUAAAAAAUAAACGUAAACUUCAUCGUUUCAAUACAUUCCUCAAUGAUGUGAAAAAUCGUGAUACUAGUAAUGGCUCAGCUCUUGGUGAUUGGAUGAAUCGACGAAAAGGUUUUGAAAAAUUAGAACAGUAUUCUGAUGGAGAAAAUGAACCAUUAGAUACCCAUAAUGCUGAUGAUUCAAAUAACAAUUCUGGUGAUGAAACUAUAACUACUACUGCAGCAAAAAAACAAGCAACAAUAUUUAACAAUAAAAAAGAUAAUGUUAAAUUUAAAUUGGGCGACAGCCUUUAA